AUGGACAAGUUGACGCUUUCUGAGAUUGUGGAGAACCAGACACCAGAGGAGGACGAAGUUUUGUACCUCAAACCGGACGUUGAAGUCGAAGACGAAGUUCUGGACCAAGAUGGCGAAGAUUCCGACCAAAAGUGCAUUUGCUGGAACAAAAAGUUUGACUCUGAGGUCUGCUGUGUCGCCGUUCAUCCAAACUUUCCCAAAGUGGCACAAGCCGCCAUGGGAAACUGCGGAGAUCACUGCGUUGUCUGCGACUUUUCCGCCAACAGAGAUGGUAAGUUGAUGCAAACUACAGAGUAG